AUGUCCGACGCCGAAAUUGAACAGAAGCGCGAGGAGGAUGAGCGCCUCGAUACCGCGGAAGACCCCAACGAAGAGGAAGAGAUCUCAGCAAUGAGGCGACGCGUACAAGAGAUGGAGGAAGAGGCCCAGAAGCUGCGCCAGAUGCAGAGCGAGACUGAUCUCGAGCGCCACGAAAUGCGCGAGAGUAAAGAAGACGUGGACGCGCGAAGUGUCUUUGUUGGCAAUGUCGACUACGGCGCGAGCCCCGAAGAGAUCCAGGCACACUUCCAGAGCAUUGGUAGCAUCAACCGUGUCACUAUAUUGCUGGACAAGUUCACCGGUCAUCCUAAAGGGUAUGCGUAUGUGGAGUUCACAGAACCACAUCUGGUCAAUGAGGCCUUGGUCCUCGACAACAGCCAGUUCCGCAGCCGGAAUCUAAAGGUCGUCCCCAAGCGAACGAACCUCCCCGGUAUGACACGAGGCGGACGCGGCGGCCGUGGUGGCCCUCGAGGCGGAUACGGCGGUCGCGGUUCACCGUAUGGACGUGGCGGAUAUGGUGGCGGCUACGGCGGCGCUCCACGAGGAGGCGGCUACCGUGGUGGAUACCGCGGCGGAAGAGGCGGAUCGGCAUACCGUCCAUACUAG